AUGGAGGCCUGGUUUGCUGUUGAAGAUGGCUGGACCGAACCAAUGGUGAAAAAUGACAAGGGUGAAUCGAUGCUUAAACCUCGGAAGCAGUGGACUGCAGAAGAAAAAGCUGAGGCUAAGCACAACUCCCAAGCCGUGUCGGUGAUUUUCAACUCCCUGCCACUGGAUCAGUUCAAUAGUGUCCAAGGUUGUGUGUCUGCGAAAGAAGCUUGGGAUAUCCUCCAAGUUACCUUUGAAGGAACUAGCAAUGUAAAAAGGACACGCCUGGACAAUCUGGCUUUAGAUUUCGAUAAUUUGUCGAUGGAAGAAGGUGAGACCAUUGCGAGUUACAUCAGUCGGUUGAGUGCUAUCGCAGAUGAAGCUGUUAUCAUGGGAAAACGUUACAAGGACAAGACGCUGGUGAAGAAAUUUCUUAGGAGCAUUCCAGACAAGUUUCAACCACAUCGAUCUGCCAUUGAUGUUUCCUUUAACUCAAAUGAUUUGAAGUUCAGUCAAGUUGUUGGGAUGAUGCAGUCGUUUGAGAUGCAGCUGAAGAAAAAAGAACAUCGCGCUGAAUGA